AGGCUGCUUGCUGCCAUGAAGGAUCUUCUUCAGUACUCCGCCUGCUUCUUCGCCCUUUUCUCCACCGGGUUUCUCAUCGCGGCUACCUGGACGGACUGUUGGAUGGUGAACGCUGAUGACUCUCUGGAGGUGAGCACAAAAUGCCGUGGCCUCUGGUGGGAGUGCGUCACAAACGCUUUUGAUGGCAUUCGCACGUGCGAAGACUAUGACUCCAUAUAUGCAGAACACUCCUUGAAGCUGGUGGUCACUCGAGCACUGAUGAUUACAGCUGACAUUCUAGCUGGCUUUGGAUUUAUUACCCUGCUUCUUGGUCUUCACUGUGUGAAGUUUCUACCAGAUGAGCCACACAUUAAAGUCCGCCUCUGCUUUGUUGCUGGGACCACAUUACUCAUUGCAGGUGCCCCGGGAAUCAUUGGUUCCGUGUGGUACGCUGUGGAUGUUUAUGUCGAGCGCUCUUCUCUGAUUUUGCACAAUAUAUUUCUUGGGAUCCAGUAUAAAUUUGGUUGGUCCUGCUGGCUUGGAAUGGCUGGGUCUUUGGGUUGCUUUGUGGCAGGAGCUCUCCUCACCUGCUGUUUGUACCUUUUUAAAGAUGUUGGGCCUGAGAGGAACUACCCUUAUGCCAUGAGGAAGCCCUAUUCAACCACAGGUGUUUCCAUGGCCAAGUCCUACAAGGCUGCUAGGACAGAGACAGCCAAAAUGUAUGCUGUGGACACCAGGGUGUAA